CGUCCACACACCUCUGCGCCCGCCACCCAUCGUUCUCCACUGUGAACUUGUGAACCAGCCAGCCACCGACUGCAGCUGCAGCUGCAGGAACAUUCGCAUGUAGUUGUGCAGUGCAACAGCAACAGCCACAGCCACACGAAGCCAUCGCCCCAAUCAAAUUUGUUAUGUUAUGCUGUGCUCCAUGCCAAUCAGCAACACAGCGCUCGCAUUGUUCGAACGCGCAUAACUAGCUCAGUCGCCAGUCGCCAAGCGCCGCACGCCCACAACAGUGGUGGCUGUUAUUGUUUCCCCCUUUGUCGGGUCGGCCCCCACUAUUGCCGCCUCUGGACAACCAAGUAAUGGUCUUGGUGAGCAACGAAUGGCUGAACAAUAAAGAUGACGAACAGAAAACAGAUCCAGCAACAUCGACGACAGCAUCGGGAGCAGUCGGAUCCCCAACAGUGAGCAACGGAGGAGCAUCGACUGGAACAGCCGCGAGGGGAUUGUUCGCGUCGGUGAGAGCAGCAGUUGGCGGAGGAGGAGGAGGGGCGUCGACUGUAAAACGCAAGAAAUCUCAAAGCUCCUUAAAUAUGGACUCGACAAACACAAUGAAGACGGAGCAGGAUCUUGUUCAGUCCAUGGAGAGGGAGAAGCACGAGCUGGAGACGGCGGACAGCAAUAAUGAGGACGAGUCGGACGAGAACCAGGAGAACAAUAAUGUGGAGGGCUCCGACUCAAACACUAACACAUUGCAGGGUACAAGCACUCCAGACCGUCGCAUGGCGUCCCAACUGCCUGCAUCCAGCCAGGUGCUACAGAUGACACUGAAUUCGGUUCUCAACGCCAACAACACGGCUGUGGGUGGGGGUGUUUCAUCGGCCAGCAGUCUUUUCACGUCAUUGGGCGGACACAACAACGGGGUCAUGCAAAGAGAGCAGAGGGAGGCGGACUACGGGACACUGUUGGUAGCACAGACACAGACACCGGGAUUGGCAUUAUCAUUGUCAUCCACUGAUCUAAACAUGAGCCCGGAGACGACUUCGGAAGCAGUCACGGCUAAGGGCGAAGCCAAAAUUGUGCUGCAGUGCGAGGCAAAGUCGCACAAGUUUGAGACGCGGUCCAUUCUGCUGCAGCCGAACCAGGAGUGCAAGGUUGGCCGUCUGAUAGCCAAGAGUAAGGCCAGCGAGGAAAACGCGAUCUUUGACUGCAAGGUCUUGUCCCGCAAUCACGCGAUGCUCUGGUACACACAGGACGGCCGGUUCUGGGUCAAAGAUACCAAGUCCAGCAAUGGCACCUUCAUCAACGACAACAAACUGGGCAAUGAUCCGGCCGAGCUUCACUUCGGCGACACGGUCAAGUUUGGCGUGGAGGUUAUCGAGAACUCGCGACAGGAGGUGCAUGGCUGCAUCAUAGCCAGGGUGACACUGUUCAUGCCCGAUGGCAGGGAGGCCAUCUCAAUCGAUUCGGAUCAGCUGCAGCUGCUGGGACCCAAUAGAAUUAGUUUCGACGAGAUUCAGCGCCUCAACUCAUUUCUCCAGGAAGCCGCGCAGAGGGAGAAGACCCUCAAGGCGAAAUUGAACAGUUUGCAGGGGGUGCUCGACGCCACGCGCAAGAACUCGGCCAUGUGCUGGCAGAGCAUGAUAACCGAGGACCAGCUGAUUCACAAGAUCAACCUUCUGGAGAAGAAACUGCAGAUGAUGGAGAAAAAUGUCCCAGAAAAUGCGCUGCGUAACGAGGUUGUAAAGAUGCUGGAGGACAAGACAACGUAUCAAUUAACUGCCAAAGAGGCUCUGCGCAAGGUGUACCAAGAGCGCUGCGAUGCUAUGCAAGCACUGUCGAGGGCACAGUUGGCGAAUGAGACCUCUGAAAAUGAGUGCGUACUACUGCGUGCUCAGAUCGGUACAUCGAAGCAGACGCUGCAGGACUUCAAUGCGCGGCUCGAGAAGCUUCAGCAGGAGUACAUGGACUACAAGAAGGAGUCGCUGCGUCAGCAACAGGAGGCUAAGGAACAGGAGGAACAGCGGUUGGAGCAGCAGAAGGAACAACUGGAGCGUGAGAUGGACGACCUGCGUCUGCAGGUGGUCCGACUCCAGAAAACCAUAGACGAGCAUGACAGCGAACAGAAGCUUCAAGAGCAGAGUGUCUUGCAGCAGCUGGACGCGGCUAUUCCCGACGAUGACGAUGAUGAAUAUGAGGACAACAGCGACGACGAAAGUUUGGACGAGGCGCAGGAAAAGGACUCAGCCGUAGAGCAAGCUUUUGACAUGGAAACGAAAGAUCAAGCAACGACAGGGCCUGGAAAUCGGAAGACUAAAACGUCCAAUCAAAAGAUCGAGUUUGAUAACAAGAAAAAGGUGAUUCGCAGAUCGCAGGUGAAGAAGUUGCUACAAAACUCAGAUCUCAACAGAGGCGCAUUAGGCGCCGAUGUGCUGAAGGCUAUCCUUAACGACGUCGGCUCCGAAGAUGAGGAUCAGGAGCAGAAUGAAGAGAUCGAUGUGCAGGAAUUAAACAUGCGACCUGAGCUUAGUGCGGGCAUUAAGCGAGAGGCGGCAAAAGCUGCAAGCGACGAAUUCAUUCACAAUUCGCCGAAGCAUGCGCGUCUGAAUGGCAUUGAUGAAAUGCUGGAGCAUCCGAAUAGCCAAUCGCAACCUGUAGGCUUGAUGCACAAGUUGAAAAGCCAAGAGACGCUGGUGCGCGAUGAGGAGAUUCCAAAUAUUGAACCUGAUUUCCCCACAGAUCAGGCUAUCGAAAUGCUGCAGGAGGAAUGUGAUAGUUACAAACAGAAGACGGUAUUGCUAACCAGCGACAUUCACUCUCUGAAAGAGCAGAUGGACAAUUUAAAGCAGCAACUUGAGCAGGAAAUUAAUCGUAACGCCCAUACAGAGCAGCCUAAAACGGAGACAGAAGCAAAGGAUGAGUCGGAGGCAGAGGCAGACGCAGACAAUGAGCCGCGUCAGGCGUCUGGCCAGGACAAGAGUCUUUGCCUGGACACUGAAAACGCCUGGGACGAGGACCUCGCAGCCAUAAACGACUCGCAGGUGGUACGCGAGGAGGAGCUAAUUGUCUACAAGGAACGCCUAGAACAAUCUGAGAGUAGCAAUGUACAGCUUAACAAUGAAAUCUUACAGCUUCGUCUCAAGCUGAAACAUGAGGAGCCCCAAAAUCAGCUACUUCUGUACCGGCUCGUGCCUUUGGGCUGCCUUGCUCUUGCUUGCCUCAUCUACUUCCUCUCCAUUCGCAUCUAGGACACCCCGAAUCAUCCCAGACCCCAAAAAAUACAAGCGCGGAGCUGUUGGAGCUAUUGAGCGGGAUUGCAAUCCGAAGGAGUCCGCCGCAUUUUCACAGUUAUACAUAAGUAGUCCCUUAGCCGAGCUUUAUUAUACCACAUUUGCUUUUCGACCCACUUUUGAGCACCAAAUUAAAAGUCGUAAAUUUAAAUUAAUCGUCGAACCAAAAUAAGAAAUAAUUAUACAAAUAUUUGAAAAGUGCAUAAUAAAAAUAACGAAACGCAAGGUUAGUUAAUUAUAAAA